CCGCGCUGCCCGUCCGACGUGGCGCGGCGGCCGUUCGCGCGCUCAAAUCCUCGAACGCCGCCGAUCCGCCGAGUUGCAGACAGAGAGAGAGAGAGCGCGCGCGCUAAAUAAGCGGCUAAUCGAGGAGCACCGAAACCUGGCGCCCCGCAUCGCCCGCACGUGGCCUUCUUCCUCCUCCUUCCGAAGUCGCAGCCAAGCUGGUUCUCCGAGCUGCGGGAAGAAAGAAAAUCUCGCCAUGUGAUCUCUUCUCCUCUUUCCCCGUGCACGCACGCCCACUCGACACCACGGCACCGCCUGCGAUCCCGUUGCCUGCUGCGUGCAUGUGACCAUGGCCGGCUUUCCCCAUUUCCCGUCCCGGUGAAGGACGCCAUUGGCGGGGCGGUGACAUCGGGAGCUCUCGUCGGCGAUGAAGUACGUGUCCGGGCCCUACUUCGAGCCGGAUUUCGAUCCGCUGCUCUACCGCUUCGGUACACCUGGGGUCGUCGUCGACAAUGAGACGCGCGAGGACUGCACGCUUGUUAAGGUUGAUAGCGUCAACCGCGACGGCGUGCUGCUGGAGAUGGUGCAGCUGCUCACCGAUCUCGACCUCGUCAUCUCCAAGUCCUACAUCUCCUCCGAUGGCGGCUGGCUCAUGGACGUGUUCCAUGUGACGGACCAGAUCGGGCGCAAGCUGACGGACCCGUCGCUGCCGGAGUUCAUCCAGCGAGCGCUCGAGCCGUCGCAGCGGCCGGGCAACGGGCCGUCGCCCAAGUUCACGACGUGCCUCGGCAACGUGGUCGGGCCGGGCGGCCCCGACGUGUCGGAGUGCGCGGCGCUGGAGUUCACGGUGCACGACCGGCCGGGGCUCCUGUCGUCGAUCGCCCAGGUGCUCGCCGACAACGGCUGCCACGUCGCGUCCGGGCAGUCGUGGACGCACAGCGGGCGCGCCGCGGGCGUGCUCUACGUGACGACGGCCGACGCCUCGCCGCCGCCGCCGAGCCGGUGGAAGCACAUCGAGGGGCUGGUGGACGCCGUGAUGGGCGCGCGGGAGAAGCUGACCGGGGAGCGGCACUGGGUGUGCAUGUCGGCGCCGGAGCAGGGCCGCGUCCACACGGAGCGGCGGCUGCACCAGCUGAUGCACGACGACCGCGACUACGAGUCCGGCCCCGCCGCGACGCCCGUCGACGAGGACCACUUCAGCAUGGCCGACAAGGCGGCCGCCACCGGCUGGCCGGCCCGCCGCGUCGAGACGCGCGUGUCCAUCGAGAGCUGGGAGGAGCGCGGCUACGCCGUCGUGAAGAUGACGAGCAGGGACCGCCCCAAGCUGCUGUUCGACACCGUGUGCGCGCUCACCGACAUGCAGUACGUCGUCUUCCACGCCACCGUCGGGUCCCAGGGCCCCCUCGCCAGCCAGGAGUACUACAUCCGGCACAAGGACGGGCGCACGGUCGACAGCAACGCCGAGCGGCAGAAGGUUUCCCGGUGCCUCGUCGCCGCCGUGGAGCGGCGGGCCUCCCAUGGCGCGAAGGUGGAGGUGCGCGCCGCCGACCGGCCGGGGUUGCUGUCGGAUUUCACCAGGAUGCUGCGGGAGCACGGGCUGUCGCUGCUGAGGGUGGAGCUGAAGCGGCGGAAGGACGAGGCCGUCGGGACGUUCUACCUCGUCACCGACUCCGGCGGCGAGGUGCGCGCCGAGGCGCUGCACGCUGUGCGUGCGAGGGUCGGCAAGAUGGGCAUCUCGUUCGAAGUGGCCAAGGACGCGCCUGGCUGGCCGCCGGUGAGGAAGACCAGCGUGCCGGUCCCGCCCGCCGAUGCUGCGGCACCGGCGACGGCGGCGGCGGCGGCACCGGCGCAAGGCCAGGAGAGGCCGAGGUCCUCGCUGGGGAGCCUCCUCUGGUCACAUCUUGGGAAGCUCUCCAAUAACUUUGGCUACAUCAGUUCUUAGAGAGUGUUAGCCAGGUCAAUUCACCUGUUGGCUGUUGCUAAGCAUGGCCUUCCAUUUGUUCCUCUCAUUGCAGUGA